CUAAAUAUACAUCGUACACCAAAAAAACAUUUGCAUUAAAAAUUUCCAUUUUUUUCUCAGAAAUUUAAAAUAACAAAUCCAUAUUAGAGUAACAAUGUCCUCAACCGUAACCAAAACAGAAACUUCCCAAUUAAAAAACAAAGAGAAAGACUUGAAAGAAGCCACCAGUUCGAAAAACAUAGACGAAGUUAUCGACAAGGUAAAAAUAAUCGACAACGUUUGUAACUUCGUCAAGUGCAAGGCCAAAACGAACCUCAUUGCUAUCGAUUGCAAGUUUUGCAAAGGCAGAUUUUGCACCACGCACGGCCUGCCGGAAAUUCACGGAUGCGGCGAAGCAGUUAAAAGAGAUGAACGAAGAGACUACAUGCACCCAGAACCAAAGUUAACGAAAGAGAAACACGACCAAGCUCAAACUAAACUCAACAUGAAACUCAAACAAAUGCAGUUAGAAAGGAAGUCGAAACAAGGGUUCCAGAAUAAAGGCAAGAAGAAAAAAUAGAAAUUUUACUAGUUAGAAUCUUUAUUUAUGUUAAAUUAAAAUCUAUAUCUUAUAUUAAUAUAAUUUUUGUCUUACUUUGA